UCGAGAACACGAUCAAGCAAGCGUCGGGAUUUCGAAGCGUCGAGGCGUCGCGUCGCGACGAGAUUUCCAGGAAGCGAAGUCAUUUCGCGCCUUUUGCAACUGCGCACGUGUGACGCUGAUCUCACCGCGAGGCGUCGCGCGGCAGUUUUCGCGACGCAUACCAACGCACACAUCCGGUGUGCGACUUAUCGUAGAUCAUAGAUUGGAUUAGUACGGAGUACAAGUACGGAGCAGAGUGGAGCGGAGUGGGAGAUCCAGUCCAGUUUAUCCAGUGCCAGACUGUCCGGCUCUGAUUCAAGACAUUAAUCGAUCCACAUUGUGUCGUUUCAUACAUGGUAUACAUCGCGUGAUUUCAUGAUGUAGCACCAGGCGAGUGAUUCCCGGAGAGUAGGCAGACAGAUCGUCACAGCUGACUCGGUCUGUAACAUCUAAUCGAAGUCUAAUCAAAUGUGUUGUACGACGAUCCUUUUCUUCUACGAAAGAGAAAAAGAGAGAGUGAGUAAGUGAGAGAGUGAGUGAGCGAAUGAGAGAAAGAAAGAGAAAAAGUUCUUUGCCUUCGUCGGCCAGCCCAGGUAAUCUUAGAAUUUUCCGUUGAUCCCGUAUUCCCGACGUCGCGCGCGUGUACGCGAAGUCAAACAGAAUCAUCAGAAUAUACGUAUACACGCUCUGGGACCCACCGACCCGCCAUCCGAUCCGGGACGGAGUGCGUGGAGCCCUCGCGGGGCCAGGUAUCGAAGCGCGAAUCAGUGGCGCAGCGUCAAGAUGGCGUGUGCCACGAUCACAGCUGUUGUUUACCCACAAACCCGUGUGGAGCAGGCCACUGGCUUAAUUAGCUACUGCUGCUGCGAUUGUGGCUACUGCUGAGAGAGGACAAACGCGCCUGGUCUCCCCGUCGUCGGGACUGAUCGGGGACGAUGGAAGAUUGUCGACGAAUGAACAGGUCGGAAUAACUCGUUGCGUGAACGACGUGACGACGACGUGACGAGAACGUGACAGCGACGACGUUGACAACAACGACGACGACGGCGGUGGUGGUGGCGGCGGUGGAGGCGGCGACGGCGGAGUUGGUGGAAGUGCUGGUGGCAGCGGCGACGGCGGUGGUGGUGGUGGUGAUAGUGGUUGUAUUGUUGGUGGUGGUGGUGGUGGCGGCGGUGGUGGUGGUGCGUCGUGAAAAGAACGGGACGCGCGAAAACGGACUCGAUGGAAGAGGGUAGCGGUACCCGUGGCGGUAGAAGUCACCAGAUCAACGCGUGAAACUUAAUCUAGUUUUGUCCGCCAUCGCACGGCACAAGGACGGCGACGAGGACGACGGUGAGGAAGAGCGAUCUUGAGAGGGUGGCCUCGAUACCAAGGGGAAAGAGCGAUAAAGUAUCACCAUGAAUGCUAGGACGCAGCUGUUCGAAUUGAGCAUGGAGGGACGUCAAGUGGAUGAGGCAGUGGCAAGUAUAUUCCACAGCGUGCUAUUUCAUCGGAGCCUUGGCAAAUUCAAGUACAAACAGGAAGGUAGCUACUCGGUGGGCACUGUAGGAUACCAGGAUGUGGACUGUGACUUCAUUGAUUUCACUUACGUCUGCUGCUCGUCGGUACACCUCGAUCAGACGCUGAAGCGUGAGAUAUCAGGUUUCUCGGAGGCACUGCGCUCCACCGAUAGUCCAGGUUCCGGUCAGAUAUCCCUAGAAUUCUUCCAGAGGAAAAAGAGUCGCUGGCCAUUUCAACCGGAAUGUAUACCAUGGGAAGUGUGGACUGUGCGCCUUGAACUUAUCAAAUUGGCCACCGAGCACGAACGGCAGAUCUGUCGGGAAAAAGUGGGCGAUCUGCUGACCGACAAGAUCCUUUACAUCACCGAGGUCAUGAAUCGGCACGAUUACAUUCCAAAAGUGCCAAGUCAGGCCGAGCUGGAUCUGAUCUUCGAUACCUCGUACCCGGAUAUACAACCGUAUCUCUUCAAAUUGUCUUUCACGACUUCUAGUCCAUCGACCACUACGAUGGGCAACACCAUGAAGAAAUUGAUUAGAGAGACGCUAUCCAUUUAGUCGUUAUAAUGUAUAGUGUAAAAUCUUCAUGUUACUUGCAUUCGUUUAGCUUGUCAGAGUCAUCAAAACGCAAAAUCUUAUACUUUCCUUUUUUCAUCUAUGAUACACAAAUUUCUGCAUUGCACCAAGCGAUCUUUCGUAUCCAUAAUGACUCUAACCUGCCACCGUAGCUAUUACUAUGAGUUACAAGAAAAAUACUAAAUUUGCAUUAUAAAGAAAGCAGAAUGGUUUUCGAGUCUUCGACCACUCGUUCCCGGCAGAAAUUACCAACGGUACUCGGCGAGUACUUUGCCUAUGUGGUAAACUCCGCCGGAUUUUGUAAGCUCCGUAAUAGUAUCUCUUAUGACGAAAAUAAUAAUAUUUCGUAUACAUUGCAGGGAUCCACUGCUCUGUGUCUCUAAUGUCUCUAUAUAGUACAAAUGAAACACAACAUUGUGACACUUGCUUCUUUUGUACUUUACUAUGAACGUCCGUCGCAUAAUUUUAGCAGGAUCACAUUUAGUCACGUUUUAUACAAUAAUAUUUUACCUCCUAACUCUCAUCACUUAAAUCUCCACAGAUGAUCUGCUGUGGCAGAAUGACAUUAUGUUCCUCUUCUCGCUUCUCAUCCUUUUCAAAUGCUGUGUAUAUCGUAGAAUAGAUUCAAACGUAAUUUUCUUUAGUAGACAAAGAAUUUUCAUGCGUCACACAGAGAAGAUAAUUUGAUUUAGAGAGUAAGAAUACAGAGAUUUCGAGUCUAUAGAAGAGCAGGAUGUCUUCAGAUUCUUUAAUGUCUAGUAGAGUCUUUGAGAAUAUUGAAUCUUAAAAGUACUCGUAACUUGCUCCUUGAUAAAUUCCUCCGACUACACGACGGUAUUUGGCGCUAUUGUACACUCUGUUUUUCAGUCACUAACAUUGAAAGUAUGUAUAGCUAUUCUAAACUCUCUGAUGAUCACAGAACGCUUGGAAUAUUCCGCAAACGUAUAAUGCGUAGCAUAUACACGUGUGUUUGCAUACAAAGCUGCUAUUAUUUUCAUCAUGAAUUUAACGCUGAACAUCCGAUUGUGUCCAAUAUUGGAUUUAGUAUUAGGAAAUUGCGUGACGACCAGGUCGGAAUUAGCGUUAAAUGUGCGGAAGAGCAGAGUGUUUAUUGUAAUUAUGUGUAUGCAUGGAAGCGAUUGUUAUUUAUUUUCACGAGUGAUGAUACGUGACGUAACGCCAGAGGCGUUAUGUGUAUGCAGAUUAGCAAAUACAAUUAUUUACAUAUUGCUCUUUUUUUCUUAAGUUGUAAUAAUCAAAGUUGUAAAAUAAGUUGAUGUAUCAUUAAGCCAACGCGACGCCCGCAAUAACGAAGCGCACCAGGUGAUACGAAAGAACCGUACGAAAAAUCGCCGUCACGAUUACAUUUUCCCAGACGUUUCGUGCCUUCGUAUCGAAUUUUUUAUAGGGAAAUUAAUAUGCUAGGGACUAACAUAUACCAGAUGAUAGUGUUACUAUUAUUUAUUGAGCUCGAAAUAUCUCCUCUCAUCUCGUAAAAAAAGUGGAAUAGUCUCUCUCUCGCGCGCGCAGAAAACAAAUCUGUGAUCCUUCUCGGAUUCGAGACGGUUUUGUUCUAUUCCUCAUAAGCGUGCCGUUAAUGUCGUGUCGUUUUAGGAUUUUCAAGCAAGAUGGAAGGCGCAACGGCGGAUGUUCGGAAUGACACGCGGUCGGCGGUGACCUGCGCGCGAUUAUACUUAUUAUAUUAUACAAUGUAAAUAGUGUCUGAAGAAUAUUGCCGUAAAUCAAAUCAUGUCGUGCCGAGGGGUCCCCGCGCGUUCCGAGAUCCGCUCUUUGGCCUUACCUAUGACCAAUCAACAAAGAUAUCACGACGCAUUAGUAGUGCACAUACUUUACGAAUUAACCGUAGACGAGAAGCGUAAUGUUAAUUUAAGGAUUAAUCAUGUAUCGUCCCUACUGCUUUUCUUUUUCUGCCAAUGUUCUCCAAGUAGUUUAAUAUGCAAUUGCGAUUUUAGCUGAAUGUUCCGCGGCUCGAGCGUAUGUCGAUUGGAUGUAUCCUAUUAUUAGGAGUGUCUUUUCUUCUCUUAUAUCGAUUAAAGAAAAGAAAAAAGAAAAGAAACCACGAUGGUCGUCGACAGUCCGUCGCUCUCUCUGCGAUUCCGUGUAGAAAAUCGACCGCAAUCUCUUUCCCUCGCACUAUCUGGCUUUUACUUUUUACAAUUAUAUGAUGCACGAUAUAUUGUAAAGGGUAAAAAGGAGCCGCGAUAUGAUAUUAUAACAAAAGUGCGAAUACG